UUCCUCAUCUACUAUCUAGAUAAACCUACAUUCCUCAUUUACCAUCUAGAUAAACCUAUAUUCCCCAUCUACUAUCUAGAUAAACCUAUAUUCCCCAUCUACUAUCUAGAUAAACGUAUAUUCCUCAUCUACUAUCUAGAUAAACCUAUAUUCCCCAUCUACUAUCUAGAUAAACCUAUAUUCCCCAUCUACUAUCUAGAUAAACCUACAUUCCUCAUCUACUAUCUAGAUAAACCUAUAUUCCUCAUCUACUAUCUAGAUAAACCUACAUUCCUCAUCUACUAUCUAGAUAAACCUAUAUUCCUCAUCUACUAUCUAGAUAAAUCUAUAUUCCUAAUCUACUAUCUAGACAAAACUAUAUUCUCAAUCUACUCUCCAGACAAAUCUAUAUUCCCCAUCUACUAUCUAGACAAACCUAUAUUCCCCAUCUACUGUCUAGAUAAAUCUAUAUUCCCAAUCUACUAUCUAGACAAACCUAUAUUCCUCAUCAACUCUCUAGACAAACCUAUAUUCCCCAUCUACUAUCUAGAUAAACCUAUAUUCCCCAUCUACUAUCUAGACACACCUAUGUUCCUCAUCUACUAUCUCGACAAACCUAUAUUCCCCAUCUACUAUCUAGAUAAACCUAUAUUCCUCAUCUACUUUCUAGAUAAACCUAUAUUCCCCAUCUACCAACUAGAUAAACCUAUAUUCCCCAUCUACUAUCUAGACACACCUAUGUUCCUCAUCUACUAUCUAGACAAACCUACAUCCCUAUCUACUAUCUAG